AUGUCAUCAAUUUUGGAAUACGCCUCUAGGCCCGAAUUCAUAGUGACUGUCAGCAUUGGCAUUUUGUACCUCCUUCUACAAUUCAUUUCCAGAGAAGACGGGCGUUACCCGGACUUCCCCUUGAUAGGGAAAGUACCGAAAGACUGGUUCUACACCAAACUUCGGAAAAGAUGGGACAACGAGGCGCUCGACAUUUUGAAGGAAGGCAUGACACAGUUUUUGAGUAACUUUGGCCCAUGCAUUGUCCUGGCCAAGGAAUUUGCCAACGAGAUUCGGAGUGAUCCCCGGGUGUCAUUCCGCGGUUUCAUUGAGCGGGGCAUGGUUCAGUACCCAGGCCUUGACUUCCUCCACACAGGACUCGAAGGCGACAUUAUCCAAGACACCGUCAGGAAGAAACCCCGCAGGCAUUGGGUGGGAUGA